UUUAUAGCCGGUUUUUUGCAAAGAACGCCAUAACGCCAAACCGGUUUUAAAGUCAACAAAUAAAUGUUAGUUUACUUUUUUUAACAUUUAAAGUAUUAAACCUGCUUCCUUGGAACUGAAAGAAAUACUCAGAGAUGAUGGACGACAAUGAACUGGAGCAAAAGUACUCCGAGUAUCUAGGAAACUCGAACCACACGAGCGUGGACAACAGUCCCGGGAAAGCCAACCGCUGCCGGUGGAGCGAGGAGGAGGUGGAGUCCUUCUUUGCCAUCAUCAACCAACUGAAACUGCAAACUCCUUUGAGGAAGACGCGCAAUGCCAAGGUCUUCAAGGUGAUUGCCCGGGAGAUGACCAAGCGCAACUGUCCCAAGAGUCCCAAGCAACUGAGGAUCAAGUACCACCAGCUGAGGCGUCAGUAUGCCCGGGCCAGGAACGGCGGCGAAUCCUUCGAGCAUUUUGCACAAGUCCACGAUCUUCUACAGGGAAAUGAGGGCUCAGAUUUUGAGGCAGAGCUGGAGAGUGAGAGUGAUGCGGAGGCGGAAGAGGAUCUGGCCACGGAAAGCGAAGGAGAAGACACUUUAGAAGCCUCUUCCUCAUCGAUUCACACCAACGCCCGCUGCAAAUGGACCGAGGGCGAGGUGGAUCUCCUCUUCGACCUAAUCCACACAUUGGGUCUCCGGUCGGCGCUGCUGCGGAAACGGAAUGCCAAGGUCUUCAGGCUGCUGGCCAAGGAGAUGGCCAAGCGGAACAGUAACAAGGGUGCCGACAAGCUGCGCAUCAAGUUCCAGCUGCUGCGACGGAUGUAUAAUAAGGUCAAGAACGGCACGGGAGAUACCUUCGAGCAUUUUGAGGCCAUGCGUCAGGUCCUGGAUCCCACCGAGGAGGAAGCGGCGGCCGCGGAGGCAGAGGCCAAUGUCAGCAGUGCCAGCGAGGGCAGCGACUUCAAUGACAGCGAUGACGAGGAGGGCGAUGUUUCGCAGAGAAGCGGAACUCAUUUUUGGACCGACGAAGAGGUGGAUGCUUUUUUGCUCAUCAUCCGGGACAAUGGUUUCUUUCGCGCUUUGGACGGCUCACGGAAGCGUAAUUUCCAGACCCUGGUACACAUUUCCAAUAUCCUGGCCAAGCAGGCCAUCAAAAGGACGCCCCACCAGUUGAGGAACAAGCUAAGAUUGCUAUUCAAACGGCAUCGCGAGGCCAAGGAGCAUGGCCUAGACAAUGUCCGGAUACUGCCACGGCACUUUAAGCUCUUCGAUGAGAUUACAGGGACGCCGCCGCGGGAAAACAGGAAGCGGGUCAGCCAAAGGCCCCUGCGACCGCUUAAGUCAUCCCUACCCAAGCCAUCACCAGUGAAGCUUCAGCCGGAGAGUGACAGCGAGGAGGAAUCCAGCUCCACCUGCGAUCUGUUAAGAGCUGGUGGGGAUGAUUACGAUGAGGAUUACGAUGAUGCUGCCGUGGAGAAGGAACCCACACCCCUGGAAUCUCUCAAGGCCAUUAUCGAGGGCCAGAAACAUCUGCUGGCCCAAAUCAAGUCCGCCAACGAGGCCCAGCUGCGGCAACAGCGUGACCAGCAGCAGCAGUUUCUCGAACAGGUCACCCAACUGAUGCGGCGGGAACGAGAGGAGACCCUGCGGAGGGUCAGCGAAAUGCUUUCCCCUUAAUAAUAAAUUAUAAAACCCAACCGAAUCGCAUCAAGCUUCUAAAACUUUUAUUGAAUUGAAUUCGAAGUUAUUGCAAAAA